GAUUCAGUAGGCUCGUCAGCUUCCCGGUGAUACACGAAACGCUUGCCCUCUUCGCGGCCUGCAAGUCAUGACCCCUUCGACUCUGGUGACCAUGCUGAUGGUGCUGGUGGCCUCUGCUUCCGUCUCGGUAGCCAACAUGGGCGAAAGCCAGAAGCCCAACAUGCCGCACGUCUUCCAGAACGAGAAACAGCUCUCCCAGUACCUGCAGGCACUCGACGACUACUAUCUGCUGCUCGGAAAGCCCAGAUUUGGCAGAAGCUUCCAGGACAGCUACGAAGUCAAGCGAUGGAACUUGCCUUACACAGAACUACUUCGAACAGUGUGACACACCCAAGGGACACCGGGAAAAGAUGACACUGAGCCAGCCACAUCGAAUAACAAAAUAAACUGGAUCAAUUAAAUAUUUUUGCUUAGCA